AUGCCUCCAGAACCUACCUUGUUGCCCUCGCCUAUCGAACGUUCAAUUCCAAUUUUUGGGGAAUCUCCUAAGGAACCAAGCAAGGAGAUUCUUGAAGAAAAAGGAAAGGAUAAAGGCAAGAACAAGGAGAGUGCACUGGAUUCUCAUGUUAUUCCAACACCGGCACCAUUUCCUUAUCGUUUGAAGGCUUUGGCGAAACCAAAUUACAAUGCGGAUUUGCAUGAAUUAUUCAAUCAGGUGAAAAUCAACAUUCCUCUUAUGGAUGCGGUCAAGCAAAUUCCAUCAUAUGCUAAGUUUCUUAAGGAUCUAUGCACUCGGAAGCGGAAGCUUAAUUACAAGGAUCCGGGGAGCCCUACUAUCGCGAUUACCAUGGGAGGGAAGCGUAUCGAACAAGCCUUACUUGAUCUUGGUGCUAGCGUUAAUCUACUUACGUACUCUGUUUACCAAGAGCUUAGGUUGGGGGAAAUGAAGCCUACUCGUGCUACACUUCAGUUGGCCGAUCGAAGCGUUCGUGUACCAAGAGGAGUAGUGGAAGAUGUUCUAGUGCAAGUUGAUAAGUUUGUUUAUCCAGUGGAUUUUGUGAUUCUCGAUACAAAUCCAACCAACUCUUCUGCUGCUUCGACCCCAGUGAUUCUUGGAAGACCUUUUCUAGCCACGGCGGAUGCAGUUAUCAACUGUCGAAAUAGACUUCUCAAUAUGACCUUCGGUAACAUGAAGAUGGAGAUCAAUAUUUUUAAUGUGGGCAGUCAAAUGGGAGAUGACAAGAACGUGAAUGAAGCCAAAUUUCUCGAGUCUUCUGAAGUGAGUUAUUUGUGUGCAUUGCUCGAUAAGGAUGAAGUUUGUGCCAUGACCUUUUGGACUCCAAAAUUUGAAGAGUUUAAAGAACUACCCCCAAUAGAGAAGAAGGUUCUUUCCUCUCUUGUGGAUGCCCUUUAUAUGAUGAUCCGGGGGGGAAACGCCUCACCGCUAAAGUUGUCUCUUUCGAUCUCCCGUAUCUUAAUUCUUCCUCGGAGGACUUACUCCUUGCUCACGAGAUGA